UAAAUGUUACUUAAGUACUUAUAAUAGAUUACUAUCUUACUAAUAUUAUGUUGGACGGAUGUUUUAACAGUCUAAACUGGUGAACGGAUCACGAUGAAAUUAGGCAUAGAUGUAGAGCACAGUCUGGACGAAUACCUAAAGAUUGCUUAAUUUCGAAAGACGUUUACCAUAAACGCUUUCUUUAAAAUUCAGAAAAGAGGUUUUAUAUUUUUUCCAAGGAAAAGAAUAAUUAUAUGUUAUAAAUGUAUUUAAAAAUUUUGGUUAUUUUGUCAAUGAAAUAGAGUGUAUGGCAAAUGUCAGAGAACUUUUAUUUGAAACAAAAAUGAAAUUACAAAAAAUGUUAUGAUAUUUGAGGGAGGUAGACGAAAAUGUCGCUCAUAAAUCUUCUGAAGGCUCCCAGUAAAUUGCUUAAAAAGCAUGUUAUUACAUUUCUGUUAAUUCGUCGCCAUGAUUUGGGAUUAACAGAGCAGAGCCUUCGUUACGUGGCAGUGAGACCAUCGGCUUCCGUGUCACGUUUACGGCGUAAAAUCUGGUAUUUAUUGGACCUACCGGACUAUUGCGACGAGCUAAUUGUACUAAAAUCUAGCGAUGAACGGGAGAUACCGUUGACGUCUCUAUGCCGCGGCAACGACCCGCAACAUCCGUAUAUAUUAGAAGUCUGGUUGCCUGAGAAACCAAUGCUCUGUAUAUCUGCAGGUAACAAAAACAUGCUAACAAUGGGUCAUAAAAAAUCAAUUACAGAAACUAAUCAGGAUUCACACGAUAAUAUAAUACGUGAGGAGAUAUUGCAAGAUGAGGUUGGCAAAACUGUCGAAACAAAUCAGAAGUCUGUAGAUACUACAGGAAUAUUGGAAAGCCAUCGUUUGACCAAUAUAUUACACGCGGACCAAAAGCGAUCGGACUUAUCUUUCAAAUUCUCUAAUUCGUCGUUAUUUUUUAAAAUUCCCCGACGGAACAGCGCGGAUAGCUUUACUGGCAUUUUGUUGAAGAUACAAAACGAUUUGUCGACGCUCAGCUCCAAACUUACUCAUCUCGAAAAUAAAAUUCACGUAUGACUUGCCAUAGAUAUCUUUGACUUUUUUAAAAAUAAUUAUAUAUAUUUAUAGACA